CGAACUGCUCGCUGUCGCCGUCGACGCGCAAGUCCUUGUCCGCAACGUUCACAGCUUGUCUUUCCUCUUGUCUGUAUAUCCUUGCUGUACUCUUCGACCCCUCGCAAAGAAGCACCGACGCGUCCCUGUUUUGCGGCGCUGUACACCUCCCACAGCCACCCCAUCUACUGCGACCACAGCCUCAUCCCCGGCGGCACAAUACUUAGGUCCCCUGACUUACCGCUACUUGUCUUUGUAAAUCGCAGACGACGGUAUGGCACACUAUCAGGAGGCAGAUGAGGCUCAGAGGAGGCAUUACAACGAUGGCUACAAUCCCAACCCGUACGACCAGUUCGACCACCAGUUCCCCCCUCCCGCGCCGCCUACGCUAGUCAGCUCGCCGCCUCCCAUGCAACAGUACGGCUCCCCGCCGCAGGCAGUCUUCGGCGCGCCCGCGCAGGAUCCCUUCGCCAAUCCUUAUCCGCCUCCUAACCAAGGCAGUACGAUGUACCCAGGAUAUUCUCUGCAGGAGACGUACGUCCAGCAGCCGGCGCAGUCUUACACGCCAGCGCCCGCCACAGUCUACCCCGGAUCGCCCCCUCCACUCCCUCAGAGUCACACUCCCGCGCCAGCCACGGUCUACCCAGGAUCGCCGCCGCCGCUUCCUCAGCCUGGCGGUCUCCAGGCACACGACUAUGGCUACGACCAACAGUACGCGAACCAGGCGAUGGAUCACAGCCCCCAGUCCAUGUACCUCGAACAGCCGGGAAAUGUGCGGCACUCUUACGAGGAUGACGAUCCGGAUGCGGGCGACAUCCCCUUGCUGCGGCGCGACCACUCGCAGGCGAGCCGCCUCGACAUUGGGCGCCCGAUCAGCGACUACCCCGCGAGCACGAUCGACAUGCCAGGCGGGUAUGGGGACGAGGAUGGGGAUGACGACGCGCGCUCGGAAACGAACAUUCGCUAUGGACGUAUACCCCAGCGUGUCCCGCGUCGGUACAAGACCAUCAAGCGUGUCGAACUCUUCCACGGCAAUUUCGUACUCGACCAGCCCGUUGCGUCCAAGCUCCUAGAUAUGUGCGCGCUGAAGAACGACCGCGAGUUCACGCAUAUGCGCUACUCGGCUGCGACAUGCGACCCGAACGACUUCAAGGACAGCGGCUUCACACUUCGGCAGGUCCACUACGAUCCACCUCGGCGAACGGAGUUAUUCAUCGUGAUGACGAUGUACAACGAAGACGAAGAGUUGUUCUGCCGUACGAUGCACGGUGUGAUUAAGAACAUUGCGCACUUGUGCAAGCGCGAUCGUAGUAAGACGUGGGGCAAGGAGGGCUGGAAGAAGGUAGUUGUGUGCAUAGUGUCGGAUGGCCGGCAGAAAAUCAAUUCCAGGACGCUGAGCGUCAUCGCUGCGAUGGGGGCGUACCAGGAUGGUAUCGCCAAGAACGUCGUCAACAAGAAGCCUGUCACGGCGCACAUAUACGAGUAUACGACUCAGAUCACCGUCACCCCUUCGAUGAAGAUUGAGGGCGCAGAGCGCGGUACUAUGCCCGUUCAACUCAUCUUUUGCUUGAAGGAGAAGAACCAGAAGAAGAUUAACUCUCAUCGCUGGUUUUUCAACGCCUUCGGCCCGAUAUUACAACCCAAUGUUUGCGUCCUGCUCGAUGUUGGUACUAUGCCGGGUCCGACGUCGAUCUAUCACUUGUGGAAGGCGUUUGACAUCAACUCCAACGUCGGCGGUGCUUGCGGUGAAAUCGUCGCGCUUAAGGGCAAAUGGGGCCUGAACCUCCUGAAUCCCCUCGUCGCCGCCCAGAACUUCGAGUACAAGAUAUCGAACAUCCUCGAUAAGCCCCUCGAGUCGCUCUUCGGGUAUAUCACCGUUCUGCCCGGUGCCUUCUCCGCCUACCGGUACAUCGCGCUGCAGAACGACGAGCUUGGCGAGGGCCCGUUGCAGAAGUACUUCCUCGGCGAAAAGAUGCACGGCGCGGGCGCGGACAUCUUCACUGCGAACAUGUACCUUGCGGAGGAUCGUAUCCUUUGCUGGGAGCUUGUGAGCAAGCGCGGCGGAUCGUGGAUCUUGCACUACGUGAAGAGCGCGUACGCGGUGACGGAUGUUCCGGACCAGGUGCCGGAGCUGAUCUCGCAGCGGCGACGGUGGCUGAACGGGUCGUUCUUCGCUGCCGUGCAUUCCAUCUUCCAUUUCUAUUAUAUCUAUCGCUCUGCCCACACGUUCAUGCGCAAGUUCUGGCUACACGUGGAGACUGUCUAUCAAGUAUUUAACACCAUAUUUGCCUGGUUCUCGCUCGCUAACUACUACAUCGCGUUCACCAUCUUGUCGCAAGCGAUGGAGGAUAAGUCCAUCGUCGGGUCCGCCAUGCACAUACCCAACAUCAUCAUCAACUACAUCUAUCUCGGGUUGCUCGUGAUGUGCUUCAUCUUGGCCUUGGGAAACCGACCUCAAGGCAGCAAAUGGGGCUACACGACGGCUUUCUUGGGCUUUGCUGCGAUCACGGUGUACAUGACGGUGGCUGCUGUAUUGCUGGCUGUCAAGGGUAUUCAGAACAUACAGAAGGAGACCGGCGGCUUGAGCUUCUCGGAUCUCUUCACGAAUUCCAUCUUCAGGAACAUCGUCAUCUCGCUUCUAGCUACGACCGGCUUAUACCUACUCGCAUCUCUCAUCUUCUUCGAGCCAUGGCACAUGAUCACGUCCUUCAUCCAGUACCUCCUCAUGUCCCCCUCAUAUAUUUCCGUGCUCAACGUUUACGCCUUUGCUAACGUUCACGACGUCUCAUGGGGCACGAAGGGCGACAACAAAGUCCAAACCGAUCUCGGUGUUGUCACGACCACCAAGGACGGCAAGGCGGAGGUCGAGGUGAACGUACCAACGCAGGAGCAGGACAUCAACGCGCUGUAUGAGGACGCGAUCCAUGUACUCAAUACGAAGCCACCGAAGCAGGAGAGCAAGCCGGAUCCGUCGACGGUGCAGGAAGAUUACUACAAGACGUUCCGCACGAACGUCUUGUUGGCAUGGACACUUAGCAAUGGCUUGCUCGGAGCGCUUAUAUUAAAUACGGCCGGUAGCGCUGACAGCGACGGCGCGAGCAAGACAGUCAGCGGAUACAUGGCCUUCUUGCUUUUCUCCGUCGCAGGCCUUGCCUUCGUUCGCUUUGUUGGGUGCACAACAUACAUGAUUGUCCGCCUCUUCGCUGGCGAGUAAACGAGACGGCUGCAAAGACCAAGCCAAGCGACAUUGCAGUGUAUUUAUAUAUCACGACGAGUCGGCAUCGCACACAACUCAGACCGGCUCACGACCCAGGCUGAUUGUACUGCUCAUGGCAUAUGACACGGACGACGUACCAGAUAUGUAUCUUGCUCAUGCAUCUCACGAGUAUUUAACCUCGCUCUUGUUUUCCGAACUCGUUCUCGUUGACGCUCCCGCAUCUCUUUUCCUGACGAUUAUAUACCUAUUACAUUCCAGCAUACUUUAUGUACCGCACGCUACGCGAAUACAGCGUGUAGCCAUCCGUUUUUGCCUCGAAAAAAAUGUCAUCUGCGCUCAGAUACAUGCACAAC